AUGUCACAGCAGUUACUGCCUCAGGCGUAUCUCACAAAUUUCCACAAUCGGCUGAGGAAUGAGAAUGUGCCGUGCUUUAUCACGGGUCAGCCAACUAGAGGUCACAAACGCUCAAAAGUCGUAAACUACGCCGAAUUCGAGACUGACUUGCUGGAAGAGUUUGUAGACGAAGAGGGCAAGGAUCUGAACGGCAAAGAAGACGAAAAUGGAAAGCCCGUGGUAUCUGCUGAGGAUUUAGCCAAUGAGAAUGCCCUGCCAGAUCUAGACAGCCAGGAGGACCCGACAAACAUCCUCAAGUACCCAAGAAUCCGCGAGACUUUUCUGCAGAGUAAAGUUGCUGCACCUUACAAAGUUGCUCUGUCAAAACAGACCAACGCGCAUCUGGCGCCCGUGAUAAUUCCAAUACGCCUGAAUGUUGAACAUAAUGGUCACAAAGUCAUUGAUUUCUUCACCUGGAACCUCAACGACCAAUCUAUAACGCCAGAUCAGUUUGCAGCCAUUUACUGUCAGGACUUAGACUUCCCUGUUACUGCCGCAGUCUGCGGUCAAAUAAGCGCAUCCAUCACUGAGCAACUGCAGGAAUACUCAACUUUGGCGUCUGUCGUGGUACCCGACCUGCACGUCAUCAUCAAUCUUACUUGCAAUCUGGAUGACAAAAUGUACGAAGACAAUUUUGAGUGGGACCUCAAUGACCAAACCUUGACCCCGGAACUGUUUGCUAGUACGGUGGUUCAAGAUUUGGGCUUAACCCGUGAGUUUGCACCGGCCAUAUCGCAUGCGCUUCAUGAAGCCCUACUCAGAGUGCGAAAAGAUUGGCUUGAAGGCCACUUGAGUCCUGAUCAGAUAGAAAACGGAGCAGCGUUCGGCUAUUUAUCAGGAAUUAGAUUGAGUGUAGAUUCGUUGGGAGCUGAUUGGUGUCCGAAGGUCGAAGUACUGUCACAAUGGGAAAUUGAGAAGCGUGAAAUCGAGAAGGAAAGAAACUUGAGAAGACUGAAAAGAGAAAGUGCUAAAGUGGAAGAUAGAUUGUCGCGCCGUAGUCGGAAAAGACGCGUGGAUGAUCUGGAGACUACGAUGAGAAUAUGA